UUGCCUGGGUGUAUCAACGUAACAGAAAGUCCCAGUCUGCGGCUCUAGCGGCAGGUUUUUUUCGACUUACAUGACGGCUUUGCUGAAAAUAAGAUGCCCUGUGAGGUUCUGGACCCGUUCUUAGCACGGGAAGUCGGACAAGUGACUUCAUCGUGAUUUCACCCCGACCUGAGACACCUGUUGCUCCAGUAUCGACAGACAGGUGUCUUCGUCUCAAACAGGGAGCAGAGCGGGGUCGAGAGGGAGAGACACUACCGAAACUCGGAUAAACUAUCUCCAAAAGAACAUUUGAAUUGACAGCCGCCAUGAAAGUUACAGUAACUUUCGGGGACACGUCAGUGGUGGUCCCCUGUAAAGCUGGGUGGACCGUCCGGGAUUUAGUCGACCAAGCCACGCGGAGAUACCGCAGGAUUCUGGAGCAGGUAGUCCAGCAUGGGGAGACUGCAGUGAACACCCACCACUUGGAGUACGUUGACGGAGGGAUCCUGGACAUGGACGACCUGCUGAUUGAUCUAGUGGAAGACAGAGACAAGCUGGUAUCGGUGUUUGACUCGCGGCGCGGGAGGACCGACAGUCCCAGAGAGACCAUGUCCAACGGCUACUCCAGUGCCGCCCCCAGCCCCGAACCUCUCCAAUACACUCCCCACCUGGAGAACCGGGAGCCAAUCAGAGGCGAGAUUGAAGUCAACGAGGCCGUCCUCAAAGCCAGCACCCCUCUGUUGGUGAGGAGCAGCAGUGAUUCAGCCUUGGCCCCGUCCCAUGAGGUGAGCCCCGACGACCACAGCAGCAGGUCUUCUGAAGUGGAAAUUAACAAUGUACUGAAAGGAGCGUUGGACCGACUACGCACCAACGAACCACCUGCUAAGAUGAGCUUUGUAAACUUCAGCACCCUGACAAGGCUAGUGGAGUUUCCAGGUGACUGGGGACCCCUGGGUAUCCAUGUGAUCCCCUACUGCUCCUCUCUCAGUGGACGGACCCUGGGCCUGCACAUUAAAGGCAUCGAGGAAAACAGCCGGUCCAAGAGAGAGAAUAUCUUCCAGCAGGAUGAGUGUAUCGUAAAAAUCAACGGCACACCGCUCCACGACAAGACCUUUACGCAGUCACAGGAAGUGUUCCGCCAGGCCAUGAGCACAUCGUUGGUGCGUCUAGAGGUCCUUCCCCAGGCCAACAAGCCGCGCUACGAGAAGAGCCUGAUAGGUCAGCUUUUCACUAGCGACAGCAAAGACUCUUCUGCAAAAGCAAAGAGUCCGAUGGUGGCCAAAACCAACUCCCAACCAGAACCCCAAAAAGAUACCAAACUGAACACCAAACUAGAAGUAAGGCCCCAAGACACGCGUGCCAAGACCCCAGAGCCAGCUGUGGUAAACCCAUCACCAGCAGAGCUUCAGCCUGGGCACGGCUCCCUGGAGAGAGUCUCUCCCACACCUCCAACCAGGGCGGCGAGCUCCUCCCCAACACCCAGGCCCCGAAGCCAGAGCCCCCUGGCCAGUAAAAGCCCUGCUCCUGGCAUGGCCAGCCUUUCCAGCAAAAAGGGCGGCAAGAAGAUCAGAAUUGACCUGAAGAAAGGCCCGGAGGGUUUGGGCUUCACCGUGGUAACCCGGGACUCCUCGGUGCACGGGCCAGGGCCAAUCCUGGUGAAGAACAUCCUGCAACGCGGAGCAGCCAUCAAAGAUGGCCGCCUGCAGCCUGGAGACCGCGUCCUGGAGGUUAACGGAGUAGAUAUGACAGGCCGUAGCCAGGAGGAACUCGUUGCCAUGCUGCGCAGCACCAGGCAGGGAGAGAGUGUGUGUGUGGUUGUGGCACGGCCGGAGGACAUCUUCCUUCCUCGGGAACUGAAAGGUGAAGAGGUCAGCAGUCUGGUGUUGGAGGACGGCAGGGAGCAGCUGAUGUACGAGAUCCCCCUCAAUGAAUCGGGUUCGGCCGGCCUGGGGGUCAGCCUGAAGGGCAACAAGUCCAGAGAGACCGGAGAGGACCUGGGCAUCUUCAUCAAGUCCAUCAUCCACGGGGGGGCCGCUCACAAGGACGGCCGCUUGAGCGUAAAUGACCAGAUGAUAGCGGUGAACGGCGAGUCGCUGCUCGGUCGCUCCAACCACGCUGCCAUGGAGACGCUGAGACGCUCCAUGUCGUACGAGGGGAACGCCAGGGGCACCAUCCAGCUCGUUGUGCUCCGAGCACCCCUACAGAUGGACAGUGCCAACCCUGAACCAAACCCAGCUACAAAUGGGUCCUCCACCCAUCAACUGAACAACAAUAAAGGCUCCAGCUAUCAGGAGCCACGGGGCCACAGUGCAUACCAGGGGCCCUCAGGGCCCUCCAAACCCCCGUACACAGAGCCCACUAUGAACGGCGCAGGUCACGCUCCAAAGACAACCAACAACUAUGCGUACGGCAACUCUGGAAGUGCUCCGUAUCACGCUGCGGCCGCCAAUGGCAGCUACGGUCACUACGGCAACAACGAAGAGGAGUUUGAGGACGGCUUCCCUCCGCCACCCUCCCCUAGCACUGUGGAAGAAAUCAAUAGAUCCUUACUACGCCACAGUGAGGUUCAGAUGCGGUCCAGGAGCGGUCCAGGAGCGGUCCCGGCAGGUUUCUACUCAGACGACGUCAACAGACCUCGCAACAGAGCGUCCAAGAGCAUGGACCUGGUGGCUGAUGAGAGCAACAUGGGCUCACUGGUCGGGCAGAGGAACGAUCCGUCAGCUGACGGAGCGCUGGGCCCGACCCUGGGCCUGUGGAAGUCCAGCUCCCUGGAGAGUCUCCAGACGGCCAUGUCGGAGGCCAAGCAGAGUCACAGCCAGGCCCAGGUGCCCUUCCACCGGCCGCGGCCACACAUGGUCCGGGGCCGGGGGGCCAACCAGAGUUUCCGUCUCGCCAUCGACAAGUCCUACGAUGGCCCUUCUGAAGACGACAUGUCGGAGGAGAGCUCCGGCCUUGAAACACCCGCCAGCGGCUCCUCUCGCCAGGACCUGGACAUAGAGGACGGCAAGACGGAGAAGAAGAAGACAAAAGGGAAGAAGAAAGAGAAAAAGAGCAAAGGGAAGAAGAAAAUAGAAGAUUCUGUGGAUGAUCCGGAGAAGAAGACCAAAAAGAAAGGAUUUGGCCUCUUAAGGUUUGGUAAGAAGAAAGACGACAAGAGCAAAGAUGCUGCCAAAGCCUCCAAAAGCAAACUGGACGCCCUAAGUGAAGAGGAGUUGGACAGGAUUCCCGACCAAAAGGACAGCUACAAUCCGCAUUACGCCGAGAUCCACUCCGGCCGCUUCACUCCCGACGUCGAAGACGACGACAGCGACCCCAACUACGCCCGCAUCAACAACUUCCGACAGCCGCCCUCGCCCCAGUCGUUCGUCAGUCGCACGCCCUCCCCUGCGGCGCUCCCCUCCAACCCGCUGCAGGCCUCCGCCGAGGAGCUGGAUGGGCUCUACGCCAAGGUUAACAAGUCCAGACCGCCGCCUGCUCUACAGAACCAGCAUCAAACCCAGGCGGACAGCGAUCAGCGUCUCCAGGGGCUGCGUAGGGAGUACCAGCAGGCCCGAGCCGCUCCGGGCUACGACGAGCUGGACGCCGCACGACGCAGAGUCCUGGAGCACGAUCCACACCGGAUGGCACCCAGAGGAGCUGAGUCUCGACCCGUGCCCCGCUACGAAGAGGUGGACCAGCAGUACUCCACACAGCCCCGGAGGGAUCCAUAUGAUUAUCCCACCCACUCCAGACCCGUGCCCAGAGAACCAGCCCCCUACUCCGGCCACUACCACGACCCUCCUGCUUCCAACCAGCCCGGCCAUGUGCAGCUCCCCCAGACGGGCCCACAGUCCCAUCAGACGCCCAGCAACCCGCGCUACUACCCCUCAUCUCCCCAAGCAGGACCGCAGCACCGCGCAGCCCUACGGCAGGACAUCCCACCUUCGCCCACUUCAGGCCGCAGAAUGCGGCACACCUACGAAGCCGUUGGAGGACGAGGAGACGGAUACCGGCAGCGCAGCCCCGGCCGCUACACCAGCCCCGAGCGCUACAGAGACGAGAGACAGCCCGACCCAAGGCGGAAGAACCCCUUGAUAGAUGCAGUGUAAAAACCCCUCCUGAGGGACAGACCCCUCUCAUCUUAGCCUAAAAGUGCGAGGAGAUGGAGUCAGUCGUACAAAGAAUAUAAAUAACUCUCAAAACAUGUGUUUCCAGAUUAGGGAAACAUGAUAUAAACCGCCUAGGCUGCCAAUGUGGAUAAGUGAGACUUUGCCAUAUUAAUUUAUCUGAUCAAGAACGCUGAAAGCAAUAAGUGACAAGCUGAGAGGCUAAAAAAAGGCUUAUUUUCAGAACCAUCUGGUCAUACCUCUCUUCACAGGCCAAGACAGAUUUAACAAGUACUACAACGUGUGUGUGUGUGUGUCUCUGUGUGUGUGUGUGUGUGUGUGUGUGUGUGU